UGCAGACCGAUGUUUACAAAGAGGGCUCUUGAUAAAGCAGGGGGGUUGCAAAGAUUUUGUUGCUAAUUGCAUUAAAAAAUCGAGCUGCGGAAGGCUGGUCAACUUUGGAGGCACAGAGAAAGAAGAAGGAGAAAGCUGCAGCCGAAGCGAGAAGCAUCUCAGUGAAGGAAAAGAUCUGGGGAAGAGAACAUCUCACUGCCAGCAGCUCCAGAACAGCCUGCUUCUGCUUCCCGUCUUCUCUCUCCCUCCCUGGCUUUCUCUUCCCCGGUCUUGUGUUCCCUUCUCUCUUUCUCCCUUCGGUCUCCUUCCCUUCCUCCCUCUUUCUUGCUCUCCCUUCCCUGACAGACUCCACUCCAGAUCCGUGCUGCCUGCUACCUACAAACUUUUUGGAGCGGAUCCCCUUAAGCCAGCAGACAAGUAACUGCCGCUCUUCUGCCUUCGGCUGCUUUGCUCGUCAGAGAGGCGAUACCACCAGAGGUUUAACUAUUUCGGCUGCAACUUGGGAGACAGUUUUUUGUUUUUGUUUUAAAUCUACCCUUUAAUUGCGCAGCCAAACGCUCUUAGUGCCGGGUGUUAAGAGUUUGAUGAGUGGCAAUGUGUAGCAAAGCGAUCCUAGCGCUACUGGUCUAUGGGAUAAUAAUGCACUGCAGCGUCUACUGCUCACCUGCUGCUGGAUUUCAAUACCCUGCGCUAAGGAUUUCUCAGGAGGCGUCUGAAUUCUUGCCCUUUGCUUUCCGGGCUAGGCUGGAAGAUGAAGUUUAUGACGAGGAUGGAAACACGCUGCAGGAUUUCGCCUUUGACAACGACCCCCUUGGGAUAGCGAACCCAUCAUCCAUGAUAGACGACAUGUACACCCUGUACUACCCACCGGAAAAGAGGCACGCCGAUGGGAUAUUUAACAAAGCCUACAGGAGAGUUCUGGGUCAGCUAUCCGCUAGGAAAUACCUACAUUCUUUGAUGGCCAAACGGGUGGGCGGUGCCAGCGGCCUGGAGGACGACUCGGAACCGCUCUCCAAACGGCACUCGGAUGGCAUCUUCACAGACAGCUACAGCCGCUACCGGAAACAAAUGGCUGUCAAGAAAUACUUGGCAGCGGUCCUGGGGAAAAGGUAUAAACAAAGAGUUAAAAACAAAGGACGCCGAGUAGCGUAUUUGUAGCGCUGAGUAACCCACCACUCCUGUGUAUACAGAGCCCCCCCAAAAAGAAAAACAAAAGUCAUUUCCAAAGUGACUGAACAAUCACCGCUCCUGUGUUAUCUAAACAUGUAUUUAUGUAUGAAGUAAAGCCAUUAAAUGAAUAUUUUGAUAAUAAUAUUGUUUUUCUUUUUGUAUAAAAGCACUAGAGAAACGCACAGAUCUACUUUGUGGACCAAUCAUUAAGUUAUAUAUAAUAUAUAAAUAUAUAUAUAUAAAUACGGCUGAUAGAGAACAAUUCUUCAUAUAAAGCCUGCACAAGAACAAAAAAAUCGCCUGAGCUGUUUAUGUUUUUAUAUAAAAUAAAUAGAAAAAAAGACAAUCAUUGUUUGAAUAUUGCUCCUAUUUUUGUAAGUGAAAUUUAAAGGAGAGUAUUUUUAUCCACGACAGGGUCGAAGACAUUAAUAGUCACCAUUUGCUACUGUACAUAGACACUGAUGCCCUGCUACAAGGGGGUUAUGGUGAUAAUGAUUUGGAAGAAUUGCUGAAGCAGAUUCUUCUCCCCAAGGAGUCUCAAGACAGGCUCCUUUACCACUAGCCUAUUUUAAGGGGGCAGUGCCCCCCUCCCCCGCGAAAGAUUUCAAUUUUUCUGCUUUCUUUGAUUCCACUUUUAUAUGCAUUUGUGUCUCUCAAACACUGAGCUUAGAAGAUAAUUCUCCUGUGGUGAAACAACAGCUCUGUCAAAAUUGUGCACCUCUGACAAUUGGAGGGGAAAAAUAUUUAGCCCCAUUCAUGGUUCUUCUAACUGAUUGGGCAUAGCUACAUUACAAAGCCAACCGGAAAUUAGAGCUAUUGGAAACCAUUUGAAAUUUCGAUACUGGAAGCGAUAGCUAGAGCACAGAUCAGAGAGGAGGUGCCCCUAAUGAAUGCGUGGUUUUAGGCUGCCAGAGGGUCUGGGGAACAUGAGACAAUUCCACUUUAGAUCCACUACCCGACUGACCGUGGGUAGCUCGGUAUUGGAACUUGAUGCAAAGUAUAAUGUGUUACUCUCCAGUGCUGUCCAUGCCUCUCAUCAUGUGAAAUGACUAGGAUUCUCUCCUUUGAAUUUUUCAAGCGGAGUUGCUCCUUUCCUUUGUUGUUUUCUUGUGGACCCUUCCUCCUCCCAACCUGUCUUGCACUAUUUAAGCACGGUUACCCAUCUGAGUCACUUCUUCUUCUUUUCAAUUUAAGGUUGUGAACGCCUCUCACUCUUUUGUUCUGUUUGAUGCAAGCUCUUAUUGUAAAAGUUUAGGAACCCCUGUUGUAGCUACCACUAAAUAAUUAUGCACUACAACUAAAGUUUUGUUCUUGUUUAUUGAGUUUGGAGGUAAAAUGUAUUUUUCUACAUUAUGGCUUAUUGCUUAGUAAAAUUUAUUUCAUAAAACAAA